AUGAUCUCUGUGAACUCUGCGCAAAAACAGUUUGAAGCUGUUCUCGCUACAGAGGACAACUCUCUCGCCGACGCGAAAAACACACUCGUGCAACUCACGGAGAAAAUCGUAGAGUGCGCAAGGAGUUCAGUGAAGAGAAGCAGAGAACGCGCUCUUGAAGAAGCGGAUCGGUUGUUGAGAGGAGUUCCAAAGACACAGGUGCAGGUUCUGAGUGAAAAAUGCCUUCACGCGCUGGUUCAGCUCAUCGUCUCUGUGCAGAUCGAAAUCGUCAGUGUCUCCUCAGCGUGUCGCAAAUUAGACCAGAUGCUACAGUCGUUAUCUGAAAUCAAUCGAUGUGUUGUCUUUGGAGAAGUACAACGGUGCAUAGACACAUUACUUCAUAAAGAACAGAUGCUUACCAUCAAAGAUCUCCAAACUAUCUGUAUGUUUAUGGAGGACAGUGCAAGUGGGCGUGGCGUACUGAGACAGUUUUGCUCUUCUCUGCUGCUUAAACUGACACAACUAUUACCCAUGAUCCUUCAGGAGGAAUCUCUCAGAAAUGGGCCGCUGUGUUAUCAGACUGUAAAGGUGUGUCUGCAGGUGUUCCAGCUGUUACCUGAACAGGUGACUCCUCUGGUGUUUGGGGAGCAGGGUGGAGAUCUCAGCGUGAAGAACCUUCUGGAGUUCUUAAUGAGUAUCAUCUUAGGAGAGAGCUCAAGCAGAGACACACGGCUUUUGGCCGGCACCACCGUUGCCAUGCUGGUUAACACAGCGUCUCACAGUCAGGAUGGACAAACAGCUGUGAACAGUUUACUACAGCUCACACACUCAGAGCCGUGGUGUGUGACAGUAGGUAAGCUGAAGGUACAGUGUAGCCCAGUGGGGCAGGAUGGUGUAGACAGACUGUCCAUAGUGAGAGGUCUGCUCACCUGCUGCCGUGGAGAUAUCCUUGUCUGUAACCAUGACAACAGUAAGACCUGUCCUCUCCUGGAUGGCCUGUUCCCUGUGAUUUCCACUCUGUGUGGAGAGAAGCUGGACUGUCAUUACUUCAUUUUCCAGGUGUAUCUCCUCUGGCUGAAGUGUGUGAGAGAGUACCUGACUGAGGUCUGGGAGGUCACUGGUGCUCCUUUACUGGGUGAAGACUCCAGUUUGAGACAGAGACUGCUUCAGUUGAUAUGGGACAAUGCAGAGAGCAGGCUGGAGGGGAUGUCGGAGAGCGUGCGAAGCGCCCUGUCUCUGGUUCUGGAGGUGUAUGAAACAGAAUGUGAACAUUUUGGGAGCAAACAGAAGCUGCUUUACUCAGAGCUCCUCCGGAGACUCACACGGUUGCCAUGGGAAUGGAAAGCGAAGUAUGCUCCACUGUGUGCCCUGCUUCCCUACGUCAGUGCUCAGACGGUUCUGCAGCAGUAUGCUGACCUGCCCGCCCACAUCUUGAAGUGCCUCUCCACCAAUCACCUCACUCCGUCUGCCUCAGAACUCUACAAAUCACUGAUCCAGGAGCAGAGACGAGAAUUUCUUGCAGAUGCACCCAAAGACGCCCCACCCACAGAGGCGGAGCUUGCCAGCCGGUGGGCGGAGCAUUGGCGCGAAACACUGUUGGAGUGCCUGAUGUCUGAUGUGACAUUGCUGCAGAGCGGUGGCGCCACCUGCCUGCUGCCCAGCACUCUGCGUGUUUUUCCUGCCGCGGCCGACGCGCUGCUCACCGCUCUGGACCCCACGGUGCCGGGACACCUGCGUACCUGGGCCUGCGUCAUGAGCACCAAACGGACCGUCGGGGGCCAGAACCCCUGGGCUUCAGAACCAUGCCCAGCCUUGGACACGCUCCACCUCGCCCUAUCCUCUGCAGACGACAGCGUGCGAUUGGCCGGUCUGAACCUGCUUUGCUGCAGUGGGCGGAGCCGGGAACCGCCCACGCAGGUAGAAUUCUCCGCCCUCAGACGCUUCAUUCCCCUGAACCUCAACAGCGAGUCAUCUCCUUUCCGCCAGCAGCUCCAGGCAGCCGCCCGAAAGUUUUUGGUGCGCGUCCGUGACUGCUGUAUGGCGAGCCUGAAGGGACAAAAAAGCAAAAGAGGACUUUCUAAAGAACAGGAGGCGGAGCUUAAACAAGGAGUGGAGUUUGUGGACUGGUUAGCUGAGCUGAUGUUUGUGUACCUCAGUGCUGGUCACAGUUACCAGCGGAAGAAAACCGUUUUACUGCUGCUGUCUGUCGUCAUGGAGACAUGCACAGACACCUGGAGCCCGGAGAGGAAGAAAGGGCAACCACCAGCUGACAUGUCAUCUUUAAUCACCUGGGCGACGGACAGAGGACACUGGGAUUUCUUCUCCAGGUCAAAGCAGCUUGUUCUGAUUGGCUGUUUGGAGGAUUCGACCAAUGAGAUCCGUGAGCUCGCGGGUGAGCUGCUCGUGCGUUUUUUCCCUCCGUCGCUCUCUGAUGAUGUCAGCGCGGUGCUGUGCGUGAGAGCAGCCGUGCAGCUCCACUCUCCCCGUGUGCAACAGGCACAGGCUGGAGCGCUGAUGAUGAAACUGCUCCUGCAGAAGUGUGUAUCCGUCAACGGAGUUGUCAGACAGGAAGUGAGGUCAUCCACGAUUUUGCGUUUCCUGUUGAGGCAGCUGAAGCAGCAUUGCCUGAACGCUCAGAGUGACAUGUUGCAUGCGGCAAGGACCACGCCCAUUCAUGGUGUUGUGAGUGCUCUCCAGAGGUGUGUGUUGGAGGUUCCUGGAGUCCUGCGUGAUGCUCUGGACUCUUUCGUUGCCAUGGAGAUGCUGAAUGUCCUGGAGACACUAACGCGUCACCUGCUGGGAGUUCUGUUUGGUGAUCAGGACACGGACGGAAAAGAAGUGCCUCCGUCUUUCUGUGAUAUGGGCAAUGCCAUCAGCUCCCUGAUUGGUCAGGGGGUGGGACUAAGCAUGGAGGGGGAGGAGUCUGUACUGUUGUCAGAGGAACACAGUCUGGUGCUCACCUGCUGUUGGGUGUCACUGAAGGAGAUUGGGAUAUUUUUGGGCAGUCUGGUGGAGAGAAUGUUGAGUGUGUUUAAGGAGGGGGGGCGUCUGUGGACGACUAAGGAGAUGAAGAGAGUGUCCAAAGUCUUCAGAGACAUUUUGCUCAAAUGCCGACACUGGGGGGCAGUGGAGGGCUGCUGUGUGGGCUUCACUAAGUUCUGCACUGCUCUGCUGCACAGCUCUGAUCCUGAUCUCAGACAGAUACCCUCAGACAUGCUACAGCAGGGUUUGGCAGUACUCCAGUCGGCUGGAAGUACCUCAGUGACCCGCCGUGCAGCCGGUCUGCCCAUGCUCAUCCUCUGCAUUCUGUCUGCGGAAGAUUCUGGAAAGACGAGGCCGCUGCUGGCCCAGAGCAUACGGAACCUGCUGGAGCGAGCCAGAGACCCGGUGCCGCACGACUGGGACCAGACAGUGGACCUGCCUCAGGUGUGUGCGGUUCACAUUCUGAACACACUGGUCAGAGGCUCCAGUUUGUCUGUGGCCAUCCUACACUACGCUCCCACCAUAGCCAUCCUGUCUCUCAGGCUCCUGAGCUCCCCCUGCUGGGCUAUGAGGAACGCUGCACUGCAACUCUACAGUUCUCUGUGCUGGAGGUUACUGGGUCAGAACCCAGUGGCUGAGGAGAGUUCUGACAGUGCGUCCCAGUCAGUCAAGGCCCAGUAUGGCAUGUCCCCACCAGCCUUCUUCGGCCAGUACCCCGCCCUGCAGCCUUUCCUACUGGGAGAACUGCAGAGAGCUGCAAAGGACCUGAAAGAGACCAGGCUGAGUCUACAUCCCUCUCUCUACCCCAUUCUUACGCUAUUGAGCAAACUACAACCUGGAGCCCACCAGCACAACAGCGAUUUGUCAGAAUUUCAGGCCCCAUUGCUGCAGCUAGCUGCCAGCCCAAUCUACGGUGUCCGAGUGAUGUCAUCUAAAGCCUUGGUUGCUAUGACACCCCCAGCGGAGUACUCAGACACUCUCUUGCGAUUGGUGGAGGAGAUUCCGGAAUCUGCCGAGGGUUGGUGCUGUCAUAAUCGCCUGCACGGUCAACUCCUGCAAAUCAGAGCUAUACUGAAGCGAGCAGUGACCAAUCGCAUCCCCUCAGUCUGUCUGAGAGAAGUGGUGUGCAGGUUCGAAGCGAGACUCUGGUUGGCAACGCCCACACAGCGCUGUCCUGUGGUGCGGGAUGCCUAUUUGGGCGUGGCCACGCUGCUUAAGGGGUGGUGCUCUGAGACAUUUCUGAACCAAUUAGGUUCAGUGUUACUGUCAGAGAUACAAAAAGCACCACACACGCUCGAGCUUGGCUCCGCCUCUUAUCACCAGACUGCAGUUCACUUCUUGUGCCAGGACCCUAGGUGGGCAUGUCAAGCUUGGCAGAACCUCAGUACAGGGAGUGACAUUGUCCGACUCUCAUUGGUCCGCUGGGUAGUCGAGGGGUGUGGUUGGAGAGGGUCGAGCCUACAACAGGUGUUGGAGAAAGCUCUGCAGGAUAACCUGCAGGUGGCGCUCUUGCAGCAGAAUGUGGAGUAUAAGAGUGCAUAUUUGUCUGCUUUGGUGGCAGUCCUGAGCCCACAGACAGAGCCAAGCAGCGAGCGUGUGACUCUGUGUGUGAGUGAUUGUGUAGAGACUCUGUUGAAGGUUCUGGAACAUUCUGAGGGGGGUGUGGAGUUUCUGGCCCAGGCGCUGCAUGCUGUCAGUGUCCUGCUUUUUUACCGGCCGGAGUCUGGGUUGUUGGAGCGGUGUGUGAAGCUGUUGGAGGUCUAUGGGGCUCCUGAGGCACCAGAGUCAAUGAGACUGGCCUGUGCUCAGGCACUAUGUGUCGUCAGCCAAUCAGAGCCUCUCAGCACAAUGCACAGCCAAUCACAGGCUCUCAACACACGGUUAAUUACUACAGGUGUGUGCCUGCUGCAGGAUGAGUGUGUUCAGGUGAGGAUGAUGGCCACUCGUUUUGCCUCCCUGAUAACGUCACCACGGCGACCCAGCUUCCCUACCCAUGUUAACCAAUCAAUGCACUCGCUGCUGGACCUGCUCCUGCAGGAAUUCUGGGAUAGCCCUGACACUUGGGAGGUUCUGAUUGGCCAGCUACCACAGUGUGAACUGAGUAUGGUACUGAGAGACACUCAGGACACACAGUGUGUGAGUCUGUAUGAACAGGAUGACAGUAAUGUGUUUGCUGAGCCAGGUGUGUUAGUGGAGUGUGUAUUGCCAUAUCUGCUGCGUUUGGCCAUUAGAGCUGCAGAGAGUCCAGUCCUCACACAGAGCGUGUCUGACUGGGCCCAGCAGAACUCAGCCAGAGUCCAGCACGACCUCACAGUCUGCUCACAGCUGUUUACAACAGGGGGCGCUGUGGAGCCGGCGUGGCUGAGUGUUCUGUGUGAGCCGCGUUUCCAUGGCGCUGUCUGCGGCCUGUUUGCCAGGGCGGUUUUACUGCUGUGCCUGCUCCACACGUUCGAUGGCCUGCGAUGUUUGCUUGACUCUGUCACACUGCACAGAGCCCUGCGCGAAACCCACACAAAGCUCCAUGACAACGGUGUCUUCCUGUCCAGUGUGUUUAUGGAUUAUGUUAGUGAGAGAGGGGGCGUGUGUUUAUGAGAAACUGGGAGUGAGUGUGUAGCUAUGAGAAGGUUAGUGUGUGUUUAUAUGUCACAUGCGUGCGUG